GGCGGGUAAGUAGUUCGCGGAGACAUUUCGAUGGUGGAGCGCGCGGGGUGGCGGUAAUUAGCGAGAGUGCUUAUCGAUGGGUGGGAGUCAAGAGAGCUAGACCGAAGCCAAGGGAGUCGGUGAACUGGUUUGGCGACAAUCAAGAUCGGUGGAUCCAUCAACCGAUCUAUCCAUCAAUCAAGCAGUGAAGCAAUCCAUCAACCCAUCCAUCAAUCAAUCAUCAGUUGAUUAAUUAGAAAACGUGGUCAAAAACAAAAAAAAGAGAAAGAAAACGUAGGAAUCCAUGUCUACUUCAAGAGGAGGGGCCCGACCAUGCCUGUCUUCGUAAGACAGGACGCGAUGCCAUCUCUGGCGUCGGUAUUGCGAGUGACAACGCACGUGCGCGCGCGAGCGAGGCAGAGCGUCUCAGCUGCUGUCACGUGUCACUCGCUUCGCGUCUUGGCCAGCCACGUGUCGGUUGCUAACUCGACCCGACAGAAUACUCCGGGCAUGGCUUCGUCUUCCACCGCUGCGGCCUCCGUCGCAAGGACGGCCGCGCUGUCUCCUCCGUCGUCAGUCGUCUCCCCUUGUUGUACGAAGACUACCUCUCCUCCCCCGACCUCCGCCUGCUUGUCCAUCACUUCCUCCUCCGCUCGCACGCGCUCUACCUCCUUGGGGCCUCAUCGCUUUACAGAUGGCCGCCAUGAGCGGGGAGUUGCGGCGCCCCGCCUCUCGGCGUCUCUCUCCCUUUCCCCGUCGCCCGCGCGCUCUGCGCCUUCGCUUUUGGUAUGUGGGGAUGGGGGCAGCAAGAGCUGCGUGUCGAGGCUUGCGGAGGAGUGGGGACGGGGGGCAGAACUCUGUGCGGGCGACCGGUCGUCGUACUCCAUCGCCGGCCGCGAAAGCGGCGGGAGCGGGGAGGAGGAGGUGGUAGGCUGUAAAGCGGGGGGAAGGAGGAAGGGAUGGAGAGGGAUCUUGGGGGUGGGUUGGGUGUACGAGAGAGCGACGUCAAAGGGUAUGGGAUUCGGGGGCAACAGGCCGGCGAGGGUUGUCGUAUGCGGGUCUGGGAUUGCGGGGGUAGGCGGUGGGGAAGGAGGACGAGGAGGAGGGUGGGUGUGCGAUCAUCUCGCGGGAGGAGGUCACGAUCGCCGUGCGCGUUUGUUGAUGACAUCAGCGCAAAGUCGGAGCGGGCACCAAGCGGGGGGGGCGGGUCGGGGACGUCGGGAGGAUGCUGGCGGACGAGCAGGGGGGACUCCGCUCGGGUACUUCAGCAGGUCCUAUGCGUUCCACUUCUUCAAUCCGUCGGUCUCGUUUCCGUCGGACGUGUACUUCCGUGCCAUCUACGAGUCCAGCAUCUCGGGAGAGGCAGGAUUCGAGGCGGGAGCUUUACAGCUCGAUGAUGAGGUUCAAGGCGAAGACCUCUUGGAGGGCGCUGAUGGAGAUGGAGAGGACGAGGAACAGAAGGAGGCGGCGCCGACGGCUGUUGAGUCAUCGGGGAUUGGGUCAGAUCGGGGCUUGCUGCGGCUCUACUCUGGGGCUGUGUCAUUGCCACACCCAGACAAGGUAGAAAAGGGUGGAGAGGAUGCACACUUCAUUUCCAGUGACGAACAUGCGGUCGGGGUCGCUGAUGGGGUAGGUGGUUGGGCAGAGGUGGGCAUCGAUGCAGGGGAGUAUGCGCGGCAGCUGAUGUGCAACUCUGUUCAGGCAUUACGACAAGAGCCUCCCGGGCUUGCUGAUCCAGUACGUGUCCUUGCAAGAGCACACGAACGAACAAAGGUGCAAGGCUCCUCAACAGCCUGCAUAAUACUGCUUCGUGACGAUGUGUUGCAAGCGGCGAAUCUGGGGGAUAGUGGGUUCAUUCUGAUAAGGAAGGGACGGACGGUCUUCAAGUCUCCGCCUCAACAGCAUUCUUUCAACUUUCCGUACCAGCUAGGCAGUGGCGGGAGCGAUUCCCCGGAAUCUGCAGAGAUGUAUGGUAUCGCAGUGGCCCCUGGAGAUGUUAUCAUUGUUGGUACUGAUGGACUAUUUGACAAUGUCUACGACACUGAGCUCGCAACGGUUGUGAUGCAUUCGAUUAACUCUGGGUGGGGACCACAAGACACAGCACAGAGGAUAAGCGCGAUCGCCCGACUGCGUGCUCAAGACAAACAUCGACAAACUCCGUUUGCGAGAGCUGCCCAAGAGGCAGGGUAUAGAUACCAGGGCGGGAAAAUGGACGAUAUCACGGUGAUUGUAUCCUAUGUGACAGAGAAAGAGAAAGAGAAAGAGAAAUCUGGAACGACACCGCAGGAAGAAGUGGGAGAUACUACGUCAGAUAGUGACAGUGGUGGUCCUGGACUUAGUGGGUGAAGUUUUGAUCGGAUGGUUAGUGGGAAGAGUAGAGGGUGACAGAAGUGACUUUCACAGCACGGCAGGGACGAGGCUGGUAGUGCGGACUCAGAUGGAAACCGCUGUGUUUGGUAUCGUGUGGCAAUGAUGGCGAAAGUUGGCAUCGUCGACUCGUCGUAGAAGUGGAUCGCGGAUGGAUUGCUCAAGUCAUCUGUAUCUGUGGUCAUGGACUCUGCGGGAUGCAGGGUAGGUCAGUGUAGCUGUUGUUCUGGGUGUAAUUUUCAGACCCCAUCCUGCUGUUCAUUUGUUAAUGAACAUGAGAAAAAGGGGUAUAUAGACCAGUUACGGAAGGUCGAAGUAGCGCGUCAAGAAACCUGAUCUGGUCUGUUAUUGCUACCUCAGAAAAGGGGUCUUGCAACUGACAGCAGUGGGCAGAAAAGGAUUAGAUAGGCAGUACAGCGUACUGUAGAGGAAAAAAAAGACACGCCGGCGUAUGAGAUGGGAAGGAAUGGAGCUGCCUCUUUUCUUGCUCGCAAGGUUUAUUCUUGCCUUGGGCGCGGAAACGCUUCUGUUGAUCUAAAACCAUUUUGUCAUUGGCCCUUUGCCCUAUAGGUGCACAACACUUAUUUGGGGUUGGGUGUCGUUGGUCGUCUCGACGAAGGUUCACAAUUACUACUAUUAUUAUGGUCUAAAAAUCAAUUGUUGUUGUAGUCGUUCCCACGUCCUCCUCUCUGGCUCACCUACUUCUUCUAGCUAACUCGUCUCUUGCUCGCACGCUGCUUGUUCAUGCACGCCCCGCCUGCAUGUUCCGGUUUGACUUAUUGGUGCUGUAGAUUUGAGGAUUGAUGUGUUACCAAGCACAGGCCUUCUGCUCUACAGAGUGCUCGGCAGCAGUCGUCUGAAUGGUGGUGGUCGUAGUGCUGUGGACUGACUAUGUUGCGAGGUUCACAGUAGCUUCUGGAUUCACGGCUGUGUCCUCCUUAGUUUCUGCUUUCAUGAUUGUGUCCUAGUUCCACUCUUGUCCAUAGCUUGAGCUUCGGCGCCAGCAUACAUGCGUGCGAGUUAUCUGUCGGACUGACUAUGUUGCGAGGUUCGCAGCCAUGCCCCAGGCAUAGCUUCUGGAUUCAAGGCAGUGUCCUCCUUAUUUUCUGCUUUCAUGAUUGCGUCCUAAUUCCGCUCUUGUCCAUAGCUCGAGUUUCGGCGCCAGCAUACAUGCGUGCGAGUUAUCUGUCGAUUAUCGCACUUGUCUUGGGAGACACGCCUCUCGAAAGGAUCGCAAUUCGUGUUUAGCAUAGGAGUUUGGCGGAAGGGGUUCGUCCUCGCAGCAGUUGAAUCGGGCGCUGAAGUAGAUACGUGCUGCAUUUGUGUUGGAUAUCUCUACACUGGUAAUCCUCUUGGGGCUUAUGUAAUCCUCUGCGUGGAUUGUUUGGCAGGGGCCCUGUGCGCAAUUUAGCUUGUUGUGUGCGUCGGAUGGAGUGGAGCGGAGAGGUUGCCAAUGGAUGGAUGCCUGCAGGUCUACCUCUCUUCAGCGGAGUGUACUAUUCUCUGGGCUUGUGCGAGGAGUUUGCUCACAGAUCAACUCAACUUGUACAGCUCUACAUUCU